GCUUUGUUUCCCUCCCUUCUCUUCCCCACACUCUGAUAUCCUUGCACUCCCACCCUCCGACUAUGCUCAUGUCGCUUAGUGAACCCAUGGUAUGAGUUCGUUCCCCACCUCUUCAACCUCCGUCCGAUCCCCCUCGGUCCUGUCUGAGCGGCGGGAUUGGAGGAGGUUAUCACGCCUGUCGCCGUCCUCUCCGAUUGAGUCCCCUAGGGAAAAUGUGACUCCCCCGACGAUUACGGAAGAGGUCAGCGAGAUCAAACGAUAUGAGGAUUUUACGACAAUCGACUGGGUCCAGGAUGCGGUUCAUGAACAGUUGCGACGGCGGGCCAGGCGACGAGACGGCUUCGGGUUCUGGGAUAAGGACGGCGCGUUCGGAUGGAGGCGCAUGGUGCGCGAGCUCUACGAUGCGGGUCAGUCGUGGCUUGUUAUUACCAUCGUGGGCGCGGUGAUUGGGUUGAUCUCGGGCUUUUUGAAUAUCAUCACCGAGUGGUUGUCGGACAUCAAGCUGGGCCAUUGUACGACGGCGUUUUACCUCAACGAACAGUUUUGCUGCUGGGGUGCAGAAUCAGGCUGUCCCGAGUGGAGGCUUUGGACGCCUUUCUGGUUAUUCAACUACGUCUUCUACGUAUUCUUUGCGGUACUAUUUGCCUUCGUCGCGGCCGUCCUGGUCAAAACAUUCGCCCCGUAUGCCGCAGGUUCCGGCAUCUCCGAGAUAAAGUGCAUCAUCGCGGGUUUCGUCAUGAAAGGGUUUUUGGGUGGAUGGACGCUUCUCAUCAAAUCGAUUGCGCUCCCGUUGGCUAUUGCGUCGGGUCUGUCGGUGGGAAAAGAGGGCCCCAGCGUCCAUUUCGCCGUCUGUGCCGGCAACGUCAUCUCGCGGCUCUUCGGCAAGUACAAGCGCAAUGCGUCGAAGACGAGAGAGGUCUUGACGGCUACUGCGGCAGCCGGUGUGGCCGUUGCCUUUGGUAGCCCAAUUGGCGGCGUGCUGUUUUCGCUGGAGGAAAUGGCAUCGUAUUUCCCGCUCAAAACAUUAUGGCGGAGUUACUUCUGCGCCCUGGUGGCAAUUGGUGUGCUAGCUAUGAUGAACCCCUUCCGGACGGGCCAGCUGGUCAUGUUUCAGGUCGAGUACGAUCGCACCUGGCACUUCUUUGAGCUGAUGUUCUUCGUGCUUAUCGGCGUCUUUGGUGGUUUGUAUGGCGCAUUGGUGAUUAAGUGGAAUCUGCGCGUGCAAGCGUUCCGAAAGAAAUACCUCUCCCAGUUUCCCGUCGUGGAGGCGGUGGUGCUGGCAGCAAUCACAGCCCUCAUCUGCUACCCGAACAUGUUCCUGAAGAUCAACAUGACGGAAAUGAUGGAGAUACUUUUCCGGGAAUGUGACGGCGGCCAUGAUUAUCAUGGCCUCUGCGAUUCGACGUAUCGAUGGGAAAUGGUUAGCUCCCUAGGAAUUGCCACCAUCCUUCGGAUCUUCCUCGUCAUUAUCUCUUAUGGUUGCAAAGUCCCUGCGGGGAUCUUCGUGCCGUCGAUGGCCAUUGGUGCCUCCUUCGGUCGGCUAGUCGGGAUUCUCGUCCAAGUAUUGUACGAACAUUUCCCUGACUCGCGACUGUUUGCGGCAUGCGAACCCGACGUCCCUUGUAUCACGCCAGGGACCUACGCAUUUCUCGGAGCAGCUGCGGCGUUGAGUGGGAUUAUGCACCUGACCAUCUCUGUCACGGUGAUCAUGUUCGAGUUGACCGGCGCCCUGACCUAUAUCCUUCCUACGAUGAUCGUGGUCGGAAUCACCAAAGCCGUGAGCGACCGGUUUGGAAAUGGAGGCAUCGCCGACCGCAUGAUCUGGUCCAACGGCUUCCCCUUCCUCGACAACAAAAAAGACCACGUCUUCAACGUGCCCGUCUCACACGCCAUGACCAGCGACCCCGUCUCUCUACCCGCGUCGGACUUCCCCGUGCGCGAAGCAGAGCAUCUCCUCGGCGACAACAAAUUCCAAGGCUUCCCCAUCGUCGAAGACCGCACCAAAAAGAUCCUCGUCGGCUACAUCGGCCGCACCGAACUACGGUACGCGAUCGACCGCGCGCGCGCAGACGGCAUGCUGUCCCCAAACGCACGCUGCGUCUUCACCAAAGAAGCAGCCGAUGCGUCCGCCGCCCGACGAGCCUCCGCCUCCAUCUCCCGCACCCACCUCUCCCCACCGCAAACCUUUGACACCAUUCAGCACAAUUCAGGAGCCCACUACGUCGACUUCAGUGGCUACGCAGACCACACCCCGCUGACGGUGCAUCCGCGCCUGCCGCUCGAGACCGUCAUGGAGAUCUUCAAGAAGAUGGGCCCGCGCGUCAUCCUCGUCGAACACCGCGGUCGUCUGACCGGCCUGGUUACCGUCAAGGAUUGCCUCAAGUACCAGUUCAAGGUCGAAGCCGAGGAACAAGCCUUGGCUGCCACUAACCCGCCGUCACUUGCGCUCGGCGGUCCCGAUCGACUCCCCGCCGAUACCCUGGAGGACCGACUGUGGCGCUUCCUGCAGUGGGUGGGCUCACGGUCGUCGCCGUGGUGGAUGAAGUCGCGUGCUGCAGCUGGGGCGGCCGCCGCACCUGAUCGUCGUGACCGGCAAGGGGGUGUUCCCGGGGGACGAACGUCGGAGGAGGAGGAUGAUGGGUUUGUGGAGCUGGAGGAACGACAAUGAGGUUUAUU